UUUCUAUAUUGAAGCAGGUGAAGGCGGAGAUACAGGACAUAUCUGUAUUGUAAUUUCUAUAGCACUCAUUCAAGGAAUCACGACAGGCUAGAACUAAGGUAGUACGAAUUUAAAAAGAGAACUGGAAAUAUGAGUGAAGAAGCUGUUGUUAUCGUAUCUGCUGCUAGGACACCAAUAGGUUCAUUUAACGGUGCUUUGUCCAGCGUGCCCCUACAUGACCUGGGAUCUGCUGCAAUCCAAGAAGUAUUAAAGAGGGCCAGUUUAAAACCAGAAGAGGUAUCUGAAGUGAUUAUUGGACACGUUUUAACUGCAGGUCAUGGACAGAAUCCUGCACGCCAGGCUAGCGUCUCAGCUGGCAUCCCGUACCCAGUGCCUGCAUGGAGCUGUCAGAUGGUCUGUGGCUCUGGCUUGAAAGCCGUUUGCCUUGGAGCCCAGUCAAUCCUGACAGGAGAGUCUAGUGUUGUUGUUGCGGGAGGAAUGGAAAGCAUGAGCAGGACACCUCAUGCAGUACACAUGCGAGCUGGAACUAAAAUGGGAGAUGCUUCCCUUCAGGACACUAUUAUUUCGGAUGGCUUGACUGAUGCAUUCCACAACUACCAUAUGGGUAUAACAGCUGAGAAUGUUGCCAAGCAAUGGAGCGUCAGUCGUGAAGCACAGGACCAGUUUGCUGUUUUGUCACAAAACAAAGCGGAGGCAGCCCAAAAAGCUGGGUAUUUUGACAAGGAAAUUGUGCCAAUCAAAGUGCCUUCAAGAAAAGGCCCGGUUGAAGUUAGGGUUGAUGAGUUCCCUCGCCAUGGAAGUAACCUUGAUACAAUGUCUAAAUUGAAGCCCUGCUUCCUGAAAGAUGGAACUGGAAGUGUGACUCCUGCUAAUGCCUCAGGAAUAAAUGAUGGGGCUGCAGCCACUGUUCUAAUGAAGAAAUCUGAAGCGAACAGAAGGGGUCUCAAACCAAUGGCACAGAUAGUUUCCUGGGCUCAAGCAGGUUUAGAUCCUACCAUCAUGGGGACUGGACCUAUUCCAGCAAUAACGAAAGCUGUAGAAAAAGCUGGGUGGCUGCUGGAUCAAGUUGAUCUGUUUGAAAUUAAUGAAGCCUUUGCAGCACAGUCUAUUGCAGUCAUGAAAGAACUUGGCCUAAAACCAGAAAAGGUUAAUAUCCAUGGUGGAGCAAUCGCCCUUGGUCAUCCUCUAGGAAUGUCUGGCUGUCGGAUCCUGGUUACACUUCUGCAUGCACUAGAACGAACAGGGGGAAAGCGAGGGGUAGCUAGCCUUUGUAUAGGUGGUGGCAUGGGAAUUGCACUCUGUGUGGAAAGGUUAUGAAAUGGAUGGUCUUGAGUUGAAGGAAAAAAUUAAGGUACUUAAAGAUGAUGUAAGCAGACCUUUGCCAUUCCUAAAAUUGCUCCAAUGUAGGGAAUAACUGAAUUAAAAUGCUUACAAAAAAAUUAAUCCAGAAGUGUACUAUGCUUGUGAAAUGCAUAUCACAUUGUGUGUAUUGUAAAUGUUGACAUUAAUAAAAGUGUUGUGCCAAUAAA